AUGGAACUGGGAGCUUGUUUUAGGGGUUUGAAUUUCAACCGAACGACGCCGUAUUGCAUCCCAUCACACCAACAUUCGAUUAAAUUUUCGCGUCCUUGUAAUAAUUAUGCUUCAAGCGCUUCGUUUCAAGCUCUUAGAAGUUGCUGUUGUAGUGCCACUGUUAAAGAGACCGAUAGCAGUAUUGAAGCUGUAGAAAAGGUAAAAGCUAUGUCUGCUGAUUAUUAUCGGGAUGUGGAGCUCUCAAGUUUAACUGCUCUAUGUCCACUGGAUGGUCGAUAUUGGGCUAAAGUCAAGGAAUUAUCUCCAUUUAUGAGUGAGUUUGGCCUAAUUAGGUUUCGAGUUUUAGUCGAGAUUAAGUGGUUGAUAAAGUUGUCCCAAAUUCCUGAUGUUCCUGAAGUCCCAAGGUUCUCUGAAGAAGCAGAAUCUUUUUUGCAAGAAUUGAUUGACGGAUUUAGCUUGGAUGAUGCCUUGGAAGUUAAGAAUAUCGAGAAAGUGACUAACCAUGAUGUGAAAGCAGUGGAAUAUUUCUUGAAACAAAGAUGCCAAUCACAUCUAGAGAUAGCUAAGGUACUUGAGUUUUUUCAUUUUGCUUGCACAUCUGAAGACAUUAACAAUCUGGCCCAUGCAUUGAUGCUUAAAGAAGUCUUGAAUAAAGUCAUGCUACCAGUCAUGGACAAGCUGAUCACCGCAAUAUCUAACAUGGCCACUGCAAAUGCUAAAAUUCCAAUGCUUUCUCGAACUCAUGGACAGCCAGCUUCACCUACUACGUUGGGGAAGGAAAUGGCAAUAUUUGCAUACAGGUUAAGUCAAGAAAGGAGGAAUAUAUCUCAAAUUGAGAUUUUAGGGAAGUUUGCUGGUGCAGUUGGAAACUACAAUGCACAUCUAGCUGCUUAUCCCGACAUUAAUUGGCCACAGGUCGCAGAGGAGUUUGUAACAUCGCUCGGAAUAAGUUUCAAUCCCUAUGUGCCUCAGAUUGAACCUCAUGAUUAUAUGGCCAAACUUUUCCAUUCCACCAUCCAGUUCAACAACGUCUUAGUGGACUUCAGCAGAGACGUAUGGGGAUACAUUUCUUUGGGUUACUUCAAGCAGAUAACUAAAGCUGGUGAGAUUGGGUCCUCAACAAUGCCUCAUAAAGUUAAUCCAAUUGAUUUUGAAAAUAGUGAGGGCAAUCUUGGGAUGGCUAAUGGAGGAUUAUCUCAUUUAAGCACAAAAUUGCCUAUUUCUCGCUGGCAGCGAGACUUGACUGAUUCAACUGUUCUGAGGAACAUGGGUGUAGGAUUAGGACAUUCUCUUCUUGCUUAUAAAAGUGCAUUACAGGGAAUUGCAAAGCUUCAGGUUAAUAAAGCUUCUUUGAUUGAAGACCUGGACCAGACAUGGGAGGUUCUUGCCGAGCCAAUACAAACUGUGAUGCGAAGGUAUGGUGUACCGGAGCCCUAUGAGAAAUUGAAGGAGCUAACAAGAGGAAGGGCUGUAACAAAAGAAAGUAUAAGAGAAUUCAUUGAAGGGUUGGAUAUACCAUUUGAGGCUAAGAAAGGUCUCUUAAAUUUAACACCCCAUACUUAUGUUGGGGCAGCUGUUGAGCUGGCCAAGAAUGUCGAAGCAGCUAUUAAGUGGUUGAUAAAGUUGUCCCAAAUUCCUGAUGUUCCUGAAGUCCCAAGGUUCUCUGAAGAAGCAGAAUCUUUUUUGCAAGAAUUGAUUGACGGAUUUAGCUUGGAUGAUGCCUUGGAAGUUAAGAAUAUCGAGAAAGUGACUAACCAUGAUGUGAAAGCAGUGGAAUAUUUCUUGAAACAAAGAUGCCAAUCACAUCUAGAGAUAGCUAAGGUACUUGAGUUUUUUCAUUUUGCUUGCACAUCUGAAGACAUUAACAAUCUGGCCCAUGCAUUGAUGCUUAAAGAAGUCUUGAAUAAAGACUGCAUAGAGGUAUUAAGCUUCUUAUGUAAUGAUAGACCACUUGGUGUAUGCACAUUUUCCACAUUAUAG